GGGGUCGCGUCUCUGAUACUCGUCCUCUAUAUAAAGAGGCCGUAGCUUCUUCUCAUAAACCAUCUACACAAAUCCUAAUUCUGAAGAGGCUAAAGAAAACCAGAGAGGUUAAGAGAGAAAGAGAAAGAGAGAGAGCCUAGUUUGAUUUAUCAGCUACUGCGGUGAGCCAAAAACCAUUGUUAAUCGGAAAAACUUCAAUCUCUCCGCUGUAGCUGACUUAUUCAAUCUCUUUGAAUACUCUAAGAAAUGGCUCGCUCUUUCUCCAGCGCUAAGAUUUUCACCUCUCUCGUCGUUGAUGGCGCCUCUAACGUUAUCAGCAGGCGUGGAUUCUCUGCUGCAUCACAAGGAGUUGUGUCGAGCGUAGUAAGAGCUGGAACCGCAGCAGGUUCUAGAACCGCAACAAAGAAAUCCGUCGAAGAAAACACCGAGAAGGUGUCGUGGAUCCCUGACCCGGUCACCGGUUACUACCGACCCGAUAAUGGUGUUCCAGAAAUCGACGUGGCCGAGCUUCGCGCUACGCUCUUGAAAAAGCACUGAUUUAAUGAUUUAAUUUAUCACUAAAUCAAUAUUUUUAAGAAAAAGAAAAAUUAAUAUUUAAAAAUAUCCCCGAGAGAGACGUAUGGGGAGUUACUUGGUCCGAGUCGCCUGACACUAUUCGACUCAGUGGGUAGGGGCUGUCGUUUUCAUUGGGUGUAUAAUCAUUUUAAUUGGAAUUCGAUAAGCCGUUGGUUGUUGUGGGUGGUGGUGGUAUAUGAAAACUUUUGUUUUAUCACAUAAUGUUUAUGUAGCUCUUUUUUUUUAUCAAUAAUAUGAAAAAUUUUCCAAU